GUGAGUGAAAUACAGGGCACGUCCACAGGCGGCGCUGUUUCUCUGAACGCCUCCUGUUUUGUUCUUUCCUGGAGUGUCGAUAAAGUUCUAUCGAAAAAUCUCUCUACACACUAAGGAACAAAUGGGCACCCUAACUGAUGAUGAGGUCAUUCGUAAGCGGCUGCUCAUCGACGGCGACGGAGCCGGAGAUGACAGACGCAUCAACGUCCUCCUGAAAAGCUUCAUCAAAUGGUGCCACUCGAACAUGACGCCAGAAGAAGGUUUUGCUCAGUACCAGAGGAUGUUGGGAAGCUUGUCCCAGUGCGAGUUUUCGAUGGGAAAGACGCUUUUGGUGUACAACAUGAACCUGAAGGAGAUGGAGAACUAUGAAAAGAUCUACACAGACAUUGAGCAAAGCAUAUCAGCUGCACACGAGAAAAUCGCAGAGUGCAAAAAAGAGAUCCAGAGAGCAAAGAGGAUACGGAAGAACCGCCAAGAGUACGACGCUUUGGCGAAAGUCAUCCAGCAACAUCCAGACAGACACCAAACGAUGGAGCAGCUUGAAGCGCUGGACAAAGAACUUCACCAGCUAUCGCAAAUCAAAGAGAACGUAGAAGAUAAGUUGGAGCUGCGCAAGAAACAGUUUCACGUGCUGCUCAGUACGAUCCAGGAGCUUCAGCAGACUCUAGAGAAUGAUGAAAAGAUGGAGAGUGAUGAAAUGUCCCAAGAAAGCCCAAUGGAAAAUGGAGAUUAGUUGUUGUUUUUUUUUUGUUCCUUCUUCCCAUUUCACCAUUUGCAUAAAAUCUUUUAAUACAAUAUAACAGUACAUUGUAAUAAAAGUGAUGUUUUCAAAA